UUUUAUCCAAUAUUAUUUGGAAAACUCUGUCUUUAUCCAAAAUUAGGCACAAGUAAACAAAAUGAAAGGUCCAAAGUAUAACUCCAAUUACUUCACAUAUCCAAAGCCUAUAGAGGGCAUAAUUGUUGCACUGUUGAUGCUUCUUUUCUAUCUUAGCUUGUUCAGACCAGAGAGUGUAUUUUUAGAUUAUUAUGGACCUCUUGGUACUUUCGGAAGAUACAUGAACAAAAACCAUAUUGGAGUUCUUCAGAUGAUACGUGUUGCAGCAGCUGCAGCACAUAUAGGAGAAUCCAUUUAUGCUGGCUUUUUAUGCAGGAAGAAAAGAAUCAACACGUUGCCAACAAUAUUGUGGAUGAUACAAACGUUAGUGAUGGGUUUUCCCUCUCUACUACAGUUAGUGGCUUACAAACCUGGUAAAAAACAGGGCUGAUAGUUGGAUAAAAAUUAAUAAAAUUAGGAUACUUUAAUUGAUAAUUCUCAGGAAUAAAGUUGAUUUAAGCAAUUGGUGAUUAAUUAUAACCAGGCAAAUACCUCAGGGCAGAGAGUCGCCCUACUAUGUUACUCUGGACAAAAGUUGAAGGUAUGAUUGAUUUUAUAACUGGACAAAAAAUGGUGAAAGGGCAGUGCUUAUUGAAUAGUAAAAUUAAUGACAUUUAAUCAUUUAAGGAAAUUUAAUGACAUUUAAUCAUUGAAUUGAUAUUGAAAAGGAAAAUUAAUGACAUUUAAUCAUUGAUUUGAUAUUGAAAAGGAAAAUUAAUGACAUUUAAUCAUUGAAUUGAUGUUAAAUUUAUGGUCCUGGAAUUUUACUUUGUUGAACAAUUGAUUGUGUAAUGUGCCAAAAACCGGUUCUUGUUUUUUUUUCUUCAAUUUUUGUAACUAUUCCAAGUUAGCUAAUUUUGAAUUUAGCACUUAACAGUACAUGUAUAUAUUGACUGUUCAGACAGAGCAGAUAAAGUUGACCUGACUGCACGAAUAGAGAAGCUUGAAAAGUUCUAUAAAUAGAAUUUGUUUCUUGUAUGUUCAUUAUCAGGUCUUCACUUUGAAUGUAGUUAACUAUUUGGCAGAUUCACAUUAUCUCUUUACAUGUUAAACAUGUUUCAAUCAGUUACAUGUAAAUAUCGAAAUAUUGUCUCUGAUUACUUUACAUAAUAAGCAAUAUUUACUCUUGUCUUCAUUGUUUUGUGGCAGAGGUAUCGGGUCAAACAAAAUUAUGCAAAACAUUUUGUUAUUUAUGCACCAUGUCAUCGAGGAUGAGCUGUGAUUUUUACAUUUUAUACGAGGAUCAUUGUUAUAAAUUGAUGACGAUUUUUGUAUAUUUUGACAUUGGAAAUUAAUGAAUGGAUUAACUUUGUAUGUAUCUAUUGUGUUGGGGGAGUCUUUUGCAGAGAAUGAUGCACUUUGCAGAACAAAUUGUGUGUAAUGUAGAAGAAUUAUUGAAAUCCUAAUACGUAUUUACAUGUAUUUGAAAAUAACUGAAAAAGAAAUAUUUUCUGUUAAAAUUGGGAAAUGUUUCAUUCAUAAAAUUGUUGCAGUCAUAUUCAUAAAAUUGUUGCAAUCAUGUUUUUUUAAGAUAUAAAGCUUUAAAACUGCUAAAAUAGCUGAAAAAUUAAACUCAAGAUUGUUUAUAAAUUGUAAAUAACAGAUUCAGUCAAAUAUGGGAUUUUUGGCUCUGUAUAUGUUUGUGUGAUUAAAAUAAGAAUGAUUGAAUUAUUUCUUUUACUUCUUUUGACUUGUAUUUGCUUUCAUGUAACUUGAUUCUGUAAAACAGAUUAACAUGUUUGAUUAUAUUGUAUGCUCAAUAAGUUAAUUGAUUUGUUUUAAUUUAAUAAUAAAAUGAUAAA